AUGGCAUUCAUACUGAUGGUGAACAAGCAGGGACAGACCCGUCUUGCCCAAUACUAUGAGUACCUCACUCUCGAAGAACGACGCGCUCUCGAGGACGAAAUCGUUCACAAAUGUCUCGCUCGUACCGAGCAACAAUGUUCUUUUGUUGAGCAUCGGAACUACAAAAUUGUUUACAGGCGCUAUGAAUCAUUAUUUUUCCUGGUUGGAGUUGACAAUGAUUUAAAUGAACUUGCAAUUUUGGAGUUCAUCCAUCUUUUGGUUGAAACAAUGGACCGACAUUUUGGAAAUGCAUGUGAGCUAGACAUUAUGUUCCAUUUAGAGAAUGCACAUUUUAUGCUGGAGGAAAUGGUCAUGAACGGGUGUAUUGUUGAGACAAACAAGUCAAGCAUUCUGACACCAAUACAGCUGAUGGAGAAAGCAUGA